AUGAGCGAAAAACAUUCAACGGCAUCCGAGCCGUCCAUCACCGUUCCAGAGGACAAGAGUGACCUUGAAGCAGGCCCCAAAACGAUCGUCACCCCCGAGCCUCUCAUCGACGCCGAAGACGACAAAGAUCCAAAUCUCGUCACCUGGAACGGACCCGAUGACCCAGAAAACCCCAAGAAUUGGCCGACAGGACUGAAGUGGAAGAAUACCUGGACGAUUUCUCUUUUUGUCUUCAUCUCGCCCGUAUCGUCAUCCAUGAUUGCUCCCGCGCUGGCUGAUCUCGCCAAGUCGCUGGGGAUGCACAAAGAAAUUGAGACAUACCUGUCAUUGAGUAUCUUCAUUCUCGCCUACGCCAUCGGCCCCAUUUUCUUCGGUCCGGCGUCUGAGCUGUACGGUCGAGUACGUUUACUUCAGGUCAGCAACGUGUGGUAUCUGGCCUGGAAUCUGGGAUGUGGUUUCGCGAAGACCAAAGCUCAGCUUUUUGCUUUUCGAUUCCUUGCAGGCAUUGGUGGUAGUGCGCCACUAGCUAUUGGAGGAGGAGCUAUCAGCGAUAUGUGGUCUGCAGAAGAACGUGGUAAAGCCAUGGGUGUCUAUACUCUUGGACCACUCAUGGGACCCGUCAUUGGACCCAUUGCUGGCGGGUUUAUUGCCGAGUAUUCAACCUGGCGCUGGGUAUUCUGGUCCACCUCCGCUGCGGCUGUCGCAGUGCAGAUAGUUGGGUUCUUCUGGUUGAAAGAAUGCCACCCGGGCACGCUUCUACGAAAGCGACGCGACGCCCUUGCCAAAGAAACAGGCAAUGAGAACCUUCACACCGCGGAGAAAAAUGAGACCCUGGCUUACAAGCUUCUUCAUGCAUUUGAGCGGCCGGUACGGAUGUUCGCAACACAGCCUAUUGUCUUCUGUAUGGCUAUCUAUAUGGCCUACCUCUUCGGCGUCACGUAUCUCAUGUUUGCGACCUUCCCAGCAAUCUGGACCGUGGUCUACCACGAGAGCCCCGGAAUUGGCGGUCUCAACUAUCUCUCAAUCGCGAUUGGAUCCUUUAUCGGGCUCUUCUUUAAUCUCAAGCUCGUGGACCGUAUCUACAGAAUUCUUAAAGCCCGGAACAAUGAUGUCGGCAAGCCCGAGUUCCGAAUGCCGUCCUUGGUUGUGGGAUCGGUGAUCAGCACCAUCGGGCUCUUCUGGUACGGCUGGAGCAUUGGGAACACCCACUGGAUCAUGCCUAACAUCGGUGCGCUGAUCUACACCAUGGGCACGAUCUCCUGCCUGCAGGGCAUGCAAACGUACAUUGUCGACAGCUACCAAACCUACGCGGCCAGCGCCAUGGCUGCCUGUGCUGUGCUUCGGAGUUUAUGCGGCUUCGGAUUCCCGCUCUUUGCCCCCUACAUGUACAACACCCUGGGUUAUGGGUGGGGCACCAGUGUGCUGGCCUUUCUGACCAUGAUUUUCGGAUGGGGGUCGCCAUUUAUUUUCUGGCAAUACGGUCCCCGGCUGCGUGCCAUGUCUGCAUAUGCCUCUGGCUAA